AUGCAUACCCCAACAGCCGAAAUAGGCUAUUUCGAGAUACGUAAAGUCGUCACUGCUAGCAGUAUGGAUUCUUACCACGUCUGCGACAUUACGAUGAACAAAGGUACUACCAUUGUACACGAUCACGCGGACAUGCCACAUCUUGUCACGGCCGACGGGGCCAUGGUCAUUGAGCAAGACAAGACAUUCUGCUCGCCCCCAAAUGUAGAGAUCUCUGCUGGUAUCAACCUGCCUAAGGACCCCGAGAAAUACUUUGUCAACAUGCGCGCCAUGAUUGCCCUCUCAGGCGGCGCCGGCACACUCGACUCCAGGCAGAACGUAAACGAUGCCGCCGACUCAAACAUCUCAGACGACAGUAUUCAAGUCGAGAAAGUUAGUGAGUUCUUAGAGGAUGGAGAGACUCUCACUCCAGCUGCCUCUGACAACGAUGCACCUUCCGAGGCCAGUAGCGACAUCAAGGACAUCAUCGAUGAUCAGAUCCCUGAUGGCAUUAGUGCGAUUGACGAGAGCAUCGCAGGUCAUCAAGGAGGAGGAACACGGACGACCAAGAUGGUUCGCAACACCACCAUCCGCACCGACGGCGACGUCCUCAACUACGACCAGUCUAUCAAUACUGACGCCGAGUCGGACUUCGCAGACAUGCCGCCUCUCAUGGUCGCCAAAAUGCCAACUCGUAGCGAAGCAAAGGAACAAGUUGAUCUGGAUCACGAGGUCGCCGUGGAAGACGUCAAUGACCUUUCCGAGGAGGACUGGGUGGUGCUCACACCAAUUUCCUCCAAUGCCGACACCGAGAGCAUCAUCGAUGGCCUGAUCCCCGAUGCCAUCCCUACCAUCGACAGCGGCGCCAUCGCAGGUGAGCUCAGCAUCUCCAACGAGGCACUUAUCACUCCAACAGAAACUGCUGCCGACUCGAGCCCAAAGGAGGGCAACAAGCACACAAUUGAUGAGACACGCCAAGCUGAAGCCAACGAGGGCAAUGGCGUGAGCAAUGUGCAGGCUCUUCCCAUCGCCAGCACGCUCAUCUCUGGACAAGAUCUCAUGGACAAGCUUCUCCAAGAGGCCGAGCUGAUUGCGACUCUGCUCAAGCAGAAGGCCGAACUCGAGGCUUCUCGCGAUCGAGCGAAUGAGUCCAUCGACAAGCGAAUCGAGGCGCUCGACGAGAAGAGCCAGGGUCUACAGGAGAAGUUGGCAGUGGCUCGGGCGAGGCGCGGAGAGAUCGCGGACCGGAACUGUGCCUGGAUGGCGAGCGAGAAGGGGGCCUCGGAGGAAAUUGGCGAGGACGAUACCGAGACUGAGCGAAAGGAGGUCGAUCUGUCGUGGCUGCCUAGCUACCAGUGGCUUGCCGAGUAG